CUCACCCUCCUCCCUUGUUCCCUCAGGGCCGGCUCCCGCCGUCAUGGGGGACAUGAAGACCCCGGACUUCGACGACCUCCUCGCCGCCUUCGACAUCCCCGACAUCGACGCCAACGAGGCCAUCCACUCGGGGCCCGAAGAAGGCGAAGGGCCCGGAGGCUCAGGGAAGCUGGAACCAAACGUCGCGGGUGACUCUGCAGCUGCGGCAGAAGCGGCGGGCGCCGGAGACGGCCCCGGGGUCGCAGGCCCCGCCACCGCCACCGCCACCGCCACCGAGCAGGAUCUGCCGCCGCCCGACAUCUCGGCAGUCAGCGUCAUCGUCAAGAACACGGUGUGUCCCGAGCAGGUGGAGGCGCCGCCCGCCAGCUCAGGUGGGGACGGGACCCGGGGCGGGCCGGUGACGAAGGAAGAGCCCGUUCCGUCACAUCUGAUGCAGAACGGCUUUGGGGGCCCCGAGCCGCCCCUCCCCGGCACUCUGCACUCUCCGGCCCCUUCCAAGGCCAGGGAGACCUGGAAGGAAACCAGCCUGGAGACCAAACCUCCCUUGGAACUCUUCGCGCCUUUCGGGCCGGAGCCCAAAGGCCCCGACCCCUUGCCGUGCGCCACACCGUCGUCCCCUCCUCGGGAAGGGGCCGCCGCCAGCCCCGCGCCCUUUCCCAUCCCCUUUGAACUGCCACCCGGGGCCUUGAAGCAGGAGCGCUGCAGCCCGCUGCCCUUGCAGGGCGCCGAGUCAGAGGCCGGCGGCCUGCCUGCCUGCGCCUCACCCGCUCCCCUGGCCGGGGGGACCCUCAUCAAGCAGUCGCCGGGCCACCGGAGCCCCCCCGCCUCGCCCGAAGUGCCCGGCUGUCGGCCCCUGAAGGAGGAGGAGGAAGAGGGGCCGGUGGACAAGUCCCCCCCGGGCAGCCCCUCCAGCGGAGCCGAGGCCGCCGACGAGGACAGCAACGACUCCGCGGCCUCGCCGGGCUCCUCGCGGCCGCUCAAGGUGCGCAUCAAGACCAUCAAGACGUCCUGCGGGAACAUCACCCGGACGGUGACCCGGGUGCCCUCGGAUCCGGGCCCCCCGGCCCCCGUCGUCGACGCCAGCCCCCUGAAGCUGCCUGCCGCCGCCGCCCCGGCCCCCGACGGCCCGAAGGUGGUGAGCGUGCAGCUGGGGGACGGCACGCGGCUGAAGGGCACGGUGCUCCCCGUGGCCACCCUCCAGAACGCCAGCUCCGCCAUGCUCAUGGCCGCCAGCGUGGCCCGCAAGGCCGUGGUCCUGCCGGGGGCCGCCGCCGCCGCCGCCAGCCCCAAGUCCGUGGCGAAGAGCGUGCUGGGCCUGGUGCCCCAAGCCCUGCCCAAGGCCGAGGCGCGGGCCGGGCCGGGCGCCGGCGGGCAGAAGCUGAACGGGGCCUCGGUGGUGAUGGUGCAGCCGGCCAAGCCGGCGCCGGGGCCCGGGGCCGGCGGGGGCACGGUCAUCUCGCGGACGCAGUCCAGCCUGGUGGAGGCCUUCAACAAGAUCCUCAACACCAAGAACCUGCUGCCCGCCUACCGGCCCAACCUGAGCCCCCCCGCGGAGGCCGGGCUGGCGCUGCCCCCCGCGGGCUACCGGUGCCUGGAGUGCGGCGACGCCUUCUCCCUGGAGAAGAGCCUGGCGCGCCACUACGACCGCCGCAGCAUGCGCAUCGAGGUCACCUGCAACCACUGCGCCCGCCGCCUGGUCUUCUUCAACAAGUGCAGCCUGCUGCUGCACGCCCGCGAGCACAAGGACAAGGGGCUCGUCAUGCAGUGCUCGCACCUGGUCAUGCGGCCCGUGGCGCUCGACCAGAUGGUGGGCCAGCCGGACAUCACGCCUCUGCUGGCCGUCCCGCCCGCCCUCGGCCCGCCGGCCCUGCCCGCCGCGAGCAGGGGCGAGGGGGCCGUCACCUCCUCGUCGUCCUCGGCGGCGGCGGCGGCGGCGGCCGAGGCCCCGGUGCUCCCGCUUUCCGCCGAGCCGCCCGCCGCGCCCGCCGCCUCCACGUACACUUGCUUCCGCUGCCUGGAGUGCCAGGAGCAGUGCCGGGACAAGUCCGGCAUGGCCGCACACUUCCAGCAGCUCGGGGCCCCUUCGCUGGGGGCUGCCAGCACGGUGUGUCCGACCUGCCCCAUGAUGCUCCCCAGCCGCUGCAGCUUCAGCGCCCACCAGCGCAUGCAUAAGAACCGGCCGCCCCACGUCUGCCCCGAAUGUGGGGGCAACUUCUUGCAGACCAACUUCCAGACGCACCUCCGCGAAGCCUGCCUGCACUUCUCCCGCCGCGUGGGUUACAGGUGCCCGAGCUGCGCGGUGGUGUUCGGCGGCGUGAACUCCAUCAAGUCCCACAUCCAGACGUCCCACUGCGAGGUGUUCCACAAGUGUCCCAUCUGCCCCAUGGCCUUCAAGUCUGCCCCCAGCGCCCACGCCCACCUCUACACCCAGCACCCCAGCUUCCACACGCAGCAGGCCAAGAUGAUCUUCAAAUGCGCCAUGUGUGACACGGUCUUCACGCACAAGCCCCUCCUGUCCUCCCACUUCGACCAGCACCUGCUGCCCCAGCGCGUCAGCGUCUUCAAGUGCCCGUCCUGCCCGCUGCUCUUCGCCCAGAAAAGGACCAUGUUGGAUCACCUCAAAAACACCCAUCAGUCAGGGCGCCCCGGGGAGGAGACCCCCGGGAAGGGGGCCGGGGGCGCCCUGCUGACCCCCAAGACGGAGCCCGAGGAGCCGUCCGAGUCUCGGGGAGCAGCCGUGGCCCCCACCGAGACCUCUUCGGAAGAGGAGGAGGAGGAGGAGGAGGAGGGCCCCAGCUCCCCGGAGCCUCCUCGCCCCAGCAAGCGGCCCCGGCCCCCCCGCAGGGAGCUGGGCCACAAAGGCCUCAAGGGGGGCGGCGGGGGCCCCGGAGGCUGGACCUGCGGCCUCUGCCACUCCUGGUUCCCCGAACGCGACGAGUACGUGACGCACAUGAAGAAGGAGCACGGCAAGUCGGUGAAGAAGUUCCCGUGUCGCCUGUGCGAGCGCUCCUUCUGCUCAGCCCCCAGUCUGCGGCGCCACGUCAGGGUCAACCACGAGGGCAUCAAGCGUGUGUAUCCCUGCAGGUACUGCACAGAGGGGAAGCGCACCUUCAGCAGCCGCCUGAUCCUGGAGAAGCACGUCCAGGUCCGGCACGGCCUGCCGCUCGGGGCCCAGUCUCCCGGCCGGGGCAUCGCCCUGACCCAGGGCCCCGGUGCCAGAGCCCAGGGGCAGGCCCGGAAGCGGCGUCCGUCCUCCGACUCCUGCAGCGAGGAGCCCGACAGCACCACCCCGCCGGCCAAGUCCCCCAGGACCGGCCCGGGCCCCCUGCGCUUCCGGAAUUGCGGCCUGGCCGAGUCGAGCCUCCUGAUGGGCCUGCGGGUGGAAGGGGGUGCCCAGCAGUGCCUUGACUGCGGCCUGUGCUUCGCCUCUCCGGGCUCCCUGAGCCGCCACCGCUUCAUCAGCCACAAGAAGAGGCGGGGCGCGGGCAGCGCCGGCGUGCUGGGCCUCGGGGACGGGGAGGAAGAGGGUCGCCCUCCCUCGAGGUCCGACCCGGACGGGGGGGACUCGCCGCUGGCCACGUCCGGGGGCCCCCUGACCUGCAAGGUCUGCGGCAAGAGCUGCGACAGCCCCCUCAACCUCAAGACCCACUUCCGUACGCAUGGCAUGGCGUUCAUCAGGGCUCGCCAAGGGGGCAGCGGGGACAGCUAGGCCCGGCCCGGCCCGGCCCCUCCUGCCUGUCCCCGCUGCCCCCAUCCUGGGGCUGCAUCUCUCUGCUGCUGCCUGGGCCCCGGGGGCGGGGGGUCCCUGGGAUUCCCCUUUCCUUCAGCCCAUCCCUGGGAGCCCCAAAGACACAAGGCUUCCCAGGACUUAGCGGGCCCACUGUCCCCCUCGGACUGGGCCUCCAUUUCUUCUUACUGAGCCCAACACUAAAUAAAUUAACCUCCUGUGCUGACCCCGCCGGGACUGGCGCUGGUCGGGCAGGGCGGGACAGGACGUCCACGCGCCUGCUGACGGCCAGGGCAGCCCCGCGCGCGCAGGCACAACCCGGCACCACUCCGGCCCCCCAGCCCCUCGGCACGCGAGCCCCUCACCCCUGCAGUGCCUUUCACUUGUCUUUCCCCCCUGUCAAGAAUCAUUCCCAGGGGUGGGCCGGUGGGGAUGAGGCCUGUCAAGGGGGUUCUGGGAACGGAGGGGACAGGGUCUCAGGAAUUCUUUGUUGUAGCGAUGAUGAUGAAAAUACUAACGGG